UGAUGAAGCAACCAUUAUCUCAGGGACAAAGCUCGCUCAACAAGUUUUGAAAGAAGUUCAAAAGGAUGUAGAAUUGUGGAUGUCCUUUGGAAACAAGAGACCUCAUCUCACUGUCAUAUUAGUAGGAGACAAUCCAGCUAGUCAUAUAUAUGUCAGAAACAAGAUAAAAGCAGCUGCAGCUGUAGGCAUUUCUAGUGAGAUCAUACUGAGGCCUAAAGACAUUUCUCAGGAAGAACUCUUAGAUAUGACUGUAAAACUCAACAAGGAUUCAAGAGUUAGUGGUUUGUUAGUUCAGCUACCUCUCCCAGACCACAUCGAGGAGAGAGCUGUUUGUAACGCUAUCGCUCCUGAAAAGGAUGUGGAUGGAUUUCACGUUAUGAACAUUGGACGCCUGUGUCUUGAUCAGCCUUCUGUAAUACCUGCCACUGCUGCUGCUGUUUGGGAGAUAAUCAAACGGACAGGAAUACAGACAUUUGGGAAAAAUGUUGUAGUAGCUGGAAGAUCUAAGAAUGUUGGAAUGCCUAUUUCAAUGCUUUUGCAUACUGAUGGAGAGCACGAAAGGCCUGGAGGUGAUGCUACAGUGACCAUCACUCACAGAUACACACCAAAAGAGCAGCUCAAGAUCCAUACACAACUUGCCGACAUUGUAAUUGUAGCUGCAGGUAUCCCAAAGUUGAUUACAGCUGAUAUGGUCAAAGAAGGUGCAGCUGUGAUUGAUGUAGGCAUCAACCAUAUCCAUGACCCUCUUACAGGAAAGACCAAACUAGUAGGGGACGUGGACUUUGAAGAAGUGAAGAAGAAGGCUGCCUUUAUCACUCCAGUGCCGGGAGGGGUAGGACCUAUGACUGUUGCAAUGCUUCUGAAGAACACACUCAUAGUUACCAAAAAGCUCAUUUACUAG